UUGCCGGGCAGCCUGAGGAGUUGGGGCGGCCGCUGGCUCGGCGCCGCGGCGCCCGGCCGCCUUUCUUCCCCCUCGCCAGAACCCGCCUCCCUUUUGGCCGUGGGGGAGGGGGCUCGUGUCCCCCCCCUCCCCAGAGACCCGGUCGGCCCCCGUCCGCUCCAGCCCCCGCGGAGCCGCGCAACUUCCCCGGAGCCGGGGCCAAAGUGAGCGCAAAGUGCUGCCCAAGUUGCCGGGAUGGAGCUGCAGAGCCGGCCCGAGGCGCUCGCCGUGGAACUCGCGCGCCACCAGAACGGCGACCUCAAGAAACAGCUCCACGAGAGGCAGCCGCGGAUCGCCGCGCUCAGCGACAAACAAGCUUUGGGAACCAUCACUGCAGUGCCUGUCACGGGUCCUCAGGUGAGCUCCUUGCAGAGGUUGGCCGGGCAAGGAGCGGCAGUGCUACCUCAGGUUAGGCCAAAGACUCUGAUUCCAGACAGCCUCCCCAUCACCCCGGGCCGGGACCGGCCACCCAAGCAGCCCCCAACCUUCCAGAAGGCCACCGUGGUCAGUAUCAAGAACCCCAGCCCAGCCCUUCCCACUGCCAACAACACCGUGAGCCAUGUGCCAACGCCCGGCAGCCAGCCUCGUGCCCUCGCUGCGCCUGCCACCGUCACCUCUCCUCUGAGCAGCGCUGGGGUAGCCUACGCCCUCAUCUCCACCGCCCCCAGCAAUGCCAACGCCAUGGCCCCCAGCACCGCCGUGUCCGUGGUCAGUGACAGCGUCAAAGUCCAGCCCCUCCUCAUCAGUGCCGACAACAAGGUCAUCAUCAUUCAGCCUCAAGUGCAGACGCAGCCCGAGAGCACGGCGGAGUCGCGGCCGCCCACAGAGGAGCCAUCUCAGGGAGCUCAGGCCACCAAAAAGAAGAAGGAAGACCGGCCCCCGAGCCAGGAGAACCCCGAGAAAAUCGCCUUCAUGGUAGCGCUGGGCCUGGUGACAACGGAGCAUCUGGAAGAAAUCCAGAGCAAGCGCCAGGAGCGGAAGAGAAGAAGCACAGCGAACCCCGCCUACAGCGGCCUCCUAGAGACAGAGAGGAAGCGGCUGGCGUCCAACUAUCUCAACACCCCCCUGUUCCUCACAGCAAGAGCCAAUGAGGACCCCUGCUGGAAGAACGAGAUCACCCACGAUGAGCACUGUACUGCCUGCAAGCGAGGGGCCAACCUGCAGCCCUGCGGUACCUGCCCAGGGGCCUACCACCUCAGCUGCCUGGAUCCGCCCCUCAAGACAGCACCCAAGGGCGUGUGGGUGUGCCCCAAGUGCCAGCAGAAGGCCUUAAAGAAAGACGAAGGUGUGCCCUGGACCGGGAUGCUGGCUAUUGUGCACUCCUACGUCACCCACAAGACAGUCAAAGAAGAGGAGAAGCGGAAGCUGCUGCAGAGGGGCAGCGAGCUACAGAGCGAGCGCCGACAGCUGGAGGAGCGGGACCGGCACCUGGCCUUGGCAGUGAAGAAAUGCCUGGAGCUUAAGACAAGCCUGCUGGCCCAGCAGAGGGGCACCCAGUCGUCCCUGGACCGCCUGAGGGCCCUCCUGAGACUGAUACAGGGCGAGCAGAUGCUCCAGGUCACCAUGACGACCACCAGCCCCGCCCCGCUGCUGGCCGGGCCCUGGACCAAGCCCUCAGCAGCGGCCAUGCACUCUGCCCUCCAGCACCCCCCAGGGCACAACUGACCCCAAGGGACCCGUCUUCACACCCAUGGAAAGUCACUGGGACCCUGCUCACAAGACCUGAGGGUUCUGUCAGCCUUAAUUCAUAAACACUAUGAAUUUCAGACAAAAAUAAAACCAGACAGAGACAGGAAAGAAGGGAGAAGAAGCUGAGUGAGAGUCCUAGAGCCAGGAUGGGUGGGGACGGAGUCCUGCACCCUUCAGGUCAGAUGGGACGCCCGGAAGCCAGGUCGGGCACAGAGUCAGCUCCCUGCUGUUGGGGGGGCUGCCCGGCCCUCCGGCUUCUGGCCACAGCUGUCUCCUCGGCCUCGUGCCACCCCCGCGGGAGAGGGAAGGGCCGAGGUGCCCUGCGGGAGGGGAGCCGAGGACACGACGUAGCCAAGUAGUAGAGCUAGUUGGGGCGAGAGGCGGGUAGCAAAUCUAGGUAGACUCAGCCGCCCGCCCUCAGGGGCCGUCGGGCUCACGCCAGGCCUUCCAGAACGCCCGAUCCGUGUUGUCAGUGUUAUUAGCGUUCAGAAUCGCAACUGUUUAACUUGAAGGAAGCUCCCCAGGGGACGCUGCUGUGGCCCGGCCAGGCCUCCGUCUGCCCCCUGGUCUUGGGGGCGCCCUCGCUGCACGCCUCCCUCUUCUGCUGACGUUUUGGACUCAUCUUGCCCUCGAUGUCUUUUUCUCAUGGAGUUUCUGGGCAAGAGAUGGAGCUGCAGCCACGCCAGGGAGGCGUUUGGCAGGUUUUCUAUUUUGGGUUGAAUCGUUCAACUUAACGACUGAAGCCUUUUCUUUCCUCCUUUUGAAGAGCCGAUAAAAGUAUUCCAUUCCUCUUUUCUUGCCAGUACAGACACUAUGCCAAAAAAUAACUUUACAUUUUUGUAUGGCGUUUUUAUUGUGAGAUAUUUAAUGUGAA